AUGCUUCGCCUCGCCGUAGCUUCAGCCUUUUCAAGCCUCCUGGCUGUAGUCAAUGCCCACGGGGGCGCUAUGCACUACAUCAUUGACGGAGAAGUGUACACCGGCAACUGGGACAUUCAAAACAACACUGAGGGAAGCAUCGGGCGUCAGUGGAACUGGGGCGGCGUCUCGAAACUGGAGGACCCGUACCUGGCGUGCGGCAACAAUGGUGUGCCGCAUGCUAACUCGCAAUAUGCACCCAUUGUGGCAGGCAAUGUCGUCACGGCAAACUACUCCCUUGACACCAAGAGCGAGGGGGCUGAGAGGCCGUGGACCUUUGGGCAUCCGUACGGUGCAAUGCUUGCUUACAUGGCCGCUUGUGCCGAGGAGGGCUGCGAAGGCGUUGAUCUCAAUGCUCCCAUUUGGUUCAAGGUCUGGGAGGCCGGCUUGAUCAGUGGCACCUGGGCCGACGGGUACUGGGCUAUGAGGGACGUGUUUGAAGGCGCCGAGCUGGACAUUUCCACCCCAGCGUCUCUCAAGCCUGGAAAGUACAUCUUGCGACAUGAGAUGCUCAAUCUUCAGACUGGACCCGCACAGUGGUUCCCACAAUGCAUUCAACUGGAUGUCAGCGGAUCGGGCGACAGUCUUCCAUCCACUGAGGAUCUCGUGGCAUUCCCUGGAGCAUAUGACAAUGAUCUUGAGAAGAGUUUCACUAUCAAGGGGGGCAGCCCAUGGUUUUACGUCACUCAUGGUAAAGAUACAGUGUCCAGACUCUCGACGCUUCGCUUCGUCCCGAGAUCCAUUAAUGAGUCGGUUGGCCAAGAGCCCUCCCAAUGUAGAUUCCACCAAGUGCCGCUUGCCUUUGUUUGGAUCCUUGUCAAUGACAUGGUCGGUCACAGCGGCGCCGACAGCGGCCGUCGCGACGCGGGCCCCCUUGCUGCCUGUCCACGGGCCGGGUUGGUGUCGCUGGCGAAUGGCCUCGAUGGCGGCGGCGUCAACUGCUGCCUUGGCGACGUGGCCGAGCCGCUCGUUGGAGAGGGAGGCGCUCCGAGGCCGCCUAGAACCACCGUGGUCUCGAUGAUGGGUAUGGUGAGUAUGGUGAUGAUGCUGAGGUCGCCGUCGUUCAGGGGAUGGGGAGUCGUUUCGACUUCCGUGGUGAUGUCUGGUUCGAGGUGGGCUUCGGGGCCUCUCCCUGUGAGUGUGAUCCAGGCUCCGGCUUCGUCGGUAGGUCGGAGAUUGUGCUCGUGGUCGUCGAAGAACGUCUCCAUGAUGAAGAUUGUGCGAGUGAUGAUAGUCCCUGUAUGA